AUGUCUAUGAGCAAUCACCCAAAGGCAUAUGGAACUGCGGCGGUUGCAGUUGCAUUCGUCGCAGGAGUUAUGUUGACAUUGGGUUUCAAGGAUUUAUAUCCAGAUUUGGAACGAAGAUACCAAAGACGACGAAAUGCAACUGGGACUAUUGCAUCUGAUUCUUCAUCUUCUGAUAUAAGACCGGUGGGGUCUAAUCUUCGUCCACUAAAGCUAGAAGACCGUACUCGGAAAUCAAUCGUUGGAUCACCGAAACCUCUAAUUCCAGAAGGAAUAGAAGGAUGUAUUGGGAAUACACCGUUGUUCAAGAUCAAGAGUCUUUCCGAUGCCACAGGAUGUACCAUCCUUGCGAAAGCCGAAUUUUUGAAUGGAGGGGGAGGAAGUCCUAAAGAUAGAGUCGCGCUGAAUAUGAUCAUGAUGGCAGAAGAGGAAGGAUUCUUGAAAGCCGGCCGAGGUGAUACUAUUUACGAAGGCACUGUUGGAUCAACUGGCAUUUCACUUGCAGUUCUGGCACGUGCUAGAGGCUAUAAAGCAUAUAUUUGUAUGCCUAAUGAUCAAAGUACAGAGAAGUCGGAUCUUCUUCAUCAUUUGGGUGCCACAGUUGAAAGAGUCACGCCUGCGCCCAUCACUUCUACAGAGCAUUUUGUCAACCUGGCAAGAAGAAGAGCAAUGGAACACACAGCUUCCGCAACGGAUUCCAGCAGAGGUUUCUUUGCAGACCAAUUCGAGUCCGGUGCAAAUUACCGGGCACAUUUUCAGUCUACAGGGCCUGAGAUUUAUGCCCAGACAGGAGGAGAUAUCGAUGCAUUUGUGGCCGGCGCCGGGACAGGGGGGACCAUCUCAGGAGUAGCACUCUACUUGAAACAAGAGCAACUCAUGGGGCAAGACUUAAAAGUCGUACUUGCUGAUCCAGAGGGAAGUGGUUUGUACAAUAAAAUCAAACACGGCGUGAUGUUCUCGUCAACCGAGAAAGAAGGUACGAGACGUCGCCAGCAAGUCGACACUAUCGUCGAAGGUAUUGGAAUCAACCGCUUGACAGAGAACUUUGAAGCUGGACGAGAACUCAUCGACGAUGCUGUCAAGGUGACGGAUUUGCAAGCACUUAAGAUGGCGAAGUGGUUGGUCGAGAAGGAUGGUAUUUUUGUGGGGAGUAGCAGUGCGGUCAAUUGCGUGGCAGCUGUAGUGGCAGCGUUGGAAUUAGAGAAGGGAAGUACGGUGGUCACUAUUCUCUGUGAUAGCGGAACGAGGCAUUUGAGUAAAUUUUGGAAGAAGGUUGGAGAGUUAAGAACGGAAGAGGAAAAUGAUGAUACAGACUUGUUGGCUCACUUGAGCCUUCGACUAUGA